AUGGUUGGUUUUGGCACAUCCAAGGACGACAGGAAGAACCACGAAGAGGUUGCUGAUAUCCCGCCUCAUCUGUCGGAUUUGCACUGCUUUACUGAGACAGACAACUGCAUAACAACAACAAUGAUGGACCUCCCUGGCUAUCGCAUCACCAAAGUCCUGGGAGCCGUCUACGGAAUCACUGUUCGCUCGCGUAAUAUCGCAGCAGGUAUUGGUAUGGUUAUCAAGAGUUUGGCUGGUGGUGAAUUGAGCUGGUUUACCUCCAUGCUGUACAACUGCCGCAACGACUCCAUCAGCCGUGUUGUCCAAGAGACGAAAAAGAGAGGCGGGAAUGCUAUCAUCUGUUUGAGGUUUGAGACUGGAGACCUUGGAGGUUUUGCACAGGCCAGUGCUUAUGGAACGGCUUGUGUAGUUGAGAAGAUUGAGGGUGCUACUGUUGAGGCACCACAGUUGCUAAAUUAG